GGACGAAUGCAUUGACUUUGGUGCCUUAAAAGUAGCAUACUUUUAUUUAUAUAUCACAAAAGAGGACAAAGGAAAGAGAUUUUUUGUUCACAAUGGGGAGAGAAGAAGAAUCCAAAAAUAUGGAAAUUAAUCUCUCUUUGAAGAUAGAUAGUGAUGAUGAUGAGCAAGGAGAAGAAGUAGAAGAUCAUGAUCAAGUGAAAGAGGAUGAUGAGAAGGAAGAAGUUCAUGAAGCUACAGCUGGUGAAAUUGAAGAUGAUUCAUCGGUGAUUCAACUUUCUUUGCAAGAUAACACAAAAACAAAAGAGUUAAGUGCCUUAGAAAUGGAGAUGGAGAGUAUGAAAGAAGAAAACAAAGUUUUAAGGAAAGUGGUGGAACAAACAAUGAAAGACUACUAUGAUCUACAAACCAAAUUUUCAGUCAUCCAAGAAAAUAAUAUUAAAAGAAAGGAUCAUACACUUUCUCUCUCACUACAAGACAAUAAUGCAACAAGUGGUGAAGGACCAUCAAGAUUAAUUCAUGAAAUCUUUAGUGAAAAAUUUGAAAGAACUCCUUCUCCAUUACCACUAAACAAUAUUGAUCAUGAUAGUAUUAGUGAUAGUGAUUUGGGUUUAUCACUAAGGUUGCAAACAAGAACAUGUGAGAAAGAUAUUGAAGAAAAUAAAGAAGCUGGCAAAAGAGAACAAUUGGCAAGUUUUGAAACAGUGCAGAAUAAAUUUCAAAGAGUACAUGAGUUGCCAGCUGGUAUUACUACUCAUGCAGCUGCUUAUACCCCUCCUAAUAGAAAGGCUAGGGUUUCUGUUAGAGCAAGAUGUGAAACUGCCACAAUGAAUGACGGAUGUCAAUGGAGAAAAUAUGGACAAAAAAUUGCAAAAGGAAAUCCAUGUCCACGAGCUUAUUAUCGUUGCACCGUAGCUACAGGUUGUCCCGUUAGAAAACAGGUGCAAAGAUGUAUAGAUGACAUGUCUAUACUAAUUACAACCUAUGAAGGAACACAUAACCAUCCACUACCUGUUGGUGCAACUGCUAUGGCAUCAACAGCAUCAGCAGCAACAUCAUUUAUGUUACUAGAUUCAAGCAAUCCUAAUUCGGAUUAUGGUUACACAACUCAACAAACCUUUAAUAAUCCUUACAUUAAUAAUACCUUCCACCACCCAUUAAACCAAUCUUCAAAUAUUAGAAACAUAAACCCUAAUGAUCCAUCACAAGGCAUUGUUCUUGACCUCACCAAUAACAAUAAUCUCCACGAACCGCGACGUUUUUCGACUGCAGGUAGCUCUAGCUCAACUUCAACUGAUCAACAUCAGUUUUCUUGGAUGCAAAACAAAUACAAUCAACAAAGUAGUACUAGUAGUAGUGCUAAUAUUGCAAUGAACAGUUUUUACAAACCAUUGGAAAUUCAUGAUAGGAGUUGGAAACGUGAUCAAGAAAGUAACAACAAUAACAACAAUGUGACUGCAAUUGCAUCAGAUCCUAAGUUUAGGCUUGCUGUUGCAGCUGCAAUUUCAUCACUCAUGAAUAAAGAAAGCAACAACACUACUACUAAUGGUAGCAACAAUUGAAUCAUUGAUCAAUCUUUUUGGGAAUGGUAAGCCCAAUAUUUGAUUUUUUAUUUUAUUCGCUUUACAAAUUAGAAGUUAAAUAAUAUUAAUAAGUUUGUUUUGAGGACAAAAGAAGAGUGAAUUUUAGUGAUUAUUGGUUAACUAAGUGAUAAAGCAUUAGAUUUUCCCGUCUUCAUAUAUAAAUAAUCAUAAUAUAUAUUCCUAUAUAGAGGGGGGCUAAUUACUAGCUAAUUCUGUUUUACUUGUAAUUUUUUUUUUGUAUACUGUUGUGAAGAGAAGUUUGUGUCUUUGUAAUGUAUUCAUUAGAGUCAAGUUGAUAAUCAUGCAAAGAAGAAAUAUAUAUUAGUAGUUUAUUUUCUUUUUGUA